CGGCGGCUCGACGGUGCGGCGAACGACAAGCGACGCGGCGUUCGGCGGCUCGACGGCGCCGCGCGCGCCCGCUGGAGGGGGCAGAGGCGGGGAGGACGAACUCGGAGCCGUCAGUGCGCCACGUGCUGCCGUCGUGGGAGGGUCUUUAUUUUUGCUCCGUUCCAUCGUUCUCUACGGAUUCCCUCUAAAAUAUAUUACGGAACUGUGCCAAUCCGUUCGAGAUCCGUAUUUUUCUAUCGUGUUAUAUAUUAUUUUCAAAAAAUUGUUUUCAUUGUUUUUCUCUUCUUGUCCUUUUUAAUCGACACUAUCUCAAACGAGCGUGGAAAAUUUUUCUUUCGUAUUUGAAUAACUUCGUUUAAUUCUUAAAAGAAAUAAGAGAAAUACUUUUUGUUACACGUCGGGGGUGCUGUGUAUAUUUAUUAUAUAUUUAAUCAAUGUCUGUCUGCUUUUGUUCAAUGAACGUAGGAAGAGAAAACGGAGAGCGAACUCUUUCGUUCUCGAACAAGUGUUUAGAAGAUUGUUAAAGAUUAUCGAAAGGAAGGUGAGAGAACAGAGGAAAUUUCUUCUGCCUUCUCUCGUUUUAUUUCUUGACUAGUGGUGUGGUGUACAUUGAUCGUUUGGGGUCUGAUUGGUGUCGAGAGGAUUAGACGUGAGAGGAUGAUGACGUGCUGACAUGGUGUCACGCGUGUACUUCAUAUGCUCGUGGCAUCGACGUCGACGUCGAGUUUUCGCUGCUCGCAAACCGAGCAUCCUACUUCCUGAUACAGUAUCGUCGACGAGGUGCCUGCAAGACUGACGCAAUCUGCUCGGUGGAACCACUACUUCGCGGGACUCUUCGUAAUAUUGUCCGAAGGACGAAGUUGCUCCUCUUCAACGGCCAGUCUCUCAAGAGUGUCUUCUUCUCGUAUAACUAUAGUAAUUAUGUAUUUACUUGACGUCUUUGAGAAAGAGAGGGACGGGGAGUGGUGGUUUCAUCCGACUUCGAUUCUAAAGGUAAGUAGUGGUCUCCGAUCGUUUGCAAAGCGAGCGGCCCGAAGCCGCCGCACCGGACGGAAGAUAUGCGAAGCAAGCAACAGCCGAGGCCUUCCUUCCGGUGGCCGCAGCAGCGCGGCGAUAAUCUAACCGGGGAGGACGGCGUCGAAGGCUCAGGGCCUGGCACGGACCUCCAGGGCGAAGAGGGCGAUUGCGUCGACGAGGAUGGCCCCGUUAGCCCUAGCGAGAGAGGUUGCGCACCUGCGGCCAAAGAAGACGAAGAUGGCGAGGCGAGCGACGAGGAGGAUGACGAGGAAGCAUCGCCUCCCACGCCACCACCCGCUUCUGCUUCCGCGAGAUUGAACCCUACCAUCUUGAGGGAUACAGGACCACCUGACAGGGAACAAAUGAGUCCACGCUGUCCCUCGAGAGAUUCUCGGGAAUCCUCCGGUCCAGCGACCGGAAGUCCCCCACCCUUAGCGACGAGGAGCAGCGCGAGUCCAGUUAGUCCGAGUAGUAUCGUGCCUCUACCCCUUGGGACUCAUCCUCUCCUUCCACCGCAUUCGGCGGCAAUGAUGGCAGCGUAUCUUCAACAAACACAUCAACGACUCCUCCUCGGACAUUCGCCUUUAUCACGAGGCUCGGUAUCGCCGUUGGUAUCGUCCUCUUGUUCGCCACCAGCCGCGACUCCGGGUCUCUUGGUCUCGCCGAGCAGCGUCGGUGAGGUAUCACCCUCGGCAACCCCAUUGCCAGCCGUUCUGGACUUUAGCACAAGAAAAGCUUCCUCGACAGAAGAGGAGGAGGAAGAGCAUAUUCUGAAUCUCAGUAAACCGCCAACGCCGUCCUCUUCGACGGAAACGAACAACGGUCCGUUGGAUCUGUCGGUGCCUAGUAGAAAACGACCGGGUCCAGAGGAUUCCUCGCCUCCACCACCGCGUAAAUCCUCGAGAUUGGCCGGUGCGGCUCCCACGAGUCAUCAAGAUGCAACGGCAGCAGCCAGCUCACCGUCCACGUUCGGUAGGCCGCCGGUAGUGUCACCGUGGACGUCGCCGGUCGUGGCCUCGCACUUUCCAUACUUUGCCGCAGCCGUAGCGGCAGCGGCUACUAGUCAGCAGCAAUUGUCCCCGAAAAGUACUGGCGGUGUCGUAGAUCAUCAUCAACUUUGGAACGGCAAAAUGAAGCCACCAGCCGCGCUCGAGAAAUCGUAUCAACCUAGCGAAGCGACGAAGGCCUUGGAAAAAAUGAGCGAGCUGAGCAAACUAGGUGGUGAGGAUCUUUUCAGGUCGUCCUCGUGCAGCGGUAGUAGCGGUGGAACGUCCAUAGGCAGCACGCCGUCCACGACGUCGAGUAGUCGUCACAGUGCUUGGCAAUCUCAUUGGCUGAACAAAGGAGCGGAUCAGGCCAAAGAUGUUCUCAAAUGCGUAUGGUGUAAACAAAGCUUCCCGACGCUCGCCGCUAUGACAACGCAUAUGAAGGAAGCGAAACAUUGCGGCGUUAAUAUGCCCGUACCACCCCCGGCCGCUGCUUUACAUCCCCAACAAACGACGAUGCCAACGAUACCGCCGCCGCAACAAUCGCACCAGCCGCAAACUUCGACAAGCAACCCCGGUAGCAACAACUCCGCCGCUCCAACUAACAAACAAAGUCCAUCGGAGUUGAACCUUCUCAUAAAGGAAACCAUGCCAUUACCGAGAAAGCUGGUCAGAGGUCAAGACGUUUGGCUCGGGAAAGGUGCUGAACAGACCAGACAGAUUCUCAAGUGUAUGUGGUGCGGCCAGAGCUUCCGUUCCCUCGCAGAAAUGACCUCGCACAUGCAACAAACGCAACAUUAUACCAACAUUAUCUCCCAAGAGCAAAUCAUUUCUUGGAAGUCUUCCGAUGAGAGCAAGGGCGGCGGUGGUGGUGGCAGCGGUAGCAGCGGAGGUGGAGUCGGAAGCGGAGGAAAUACAGGUGGAGUACCGCCUGGUGCCGGAACCGGUCCACACGGAGGUAACGCCGGUGGCGGUCCCGGGGCCGGAGCAACCAGCAGUCAUGUCAGCGCCGUAUUAACUUGCAAAGUUUGCGAUCAGGCCUUUAGUUCAUUGAAGGAGUUGAGCAAUCAUAUGGUCAAGAAUUCGCACUAUAAGGAACAUAUUAUGCGCUCGAUCACCGAGAGCGGCGGUCGUCGGAGACAAACGCGCGAGAAGCGAAAAAAAUCAUUGCCUGUGAGGAAGCUAUUGGAGUUGGAACGCGCGCAAAACGAGUUUAAGAACGGCGACGCUGCGACCGGUCUGAGUCACAGCCUUGGAAAGCACGCCGGUAGGAUCACCUGCGAGAAAUGCGGCGAGAAGAUCGAGACAACCAUUUUUGUCGAGCACAUACGUCAAUGUAUAGGAGCCGGAACGGUCGGUGUAAAUCAACGUAACUUCUUGAAGAAUGCACUCAUGUCGAAUCAUUUGCCAGCGACUUUGCCACCGUCGAGCGAAAGCGGUCGUAAAAGCGUGAACGAGGACGCCUCGUCGGUAUCGUCGAGGCACCACCGAUCGCCUUCUUCGGCUAGCGAUGCUACCACGCCGGGUAAGGACACACCAACGCCGACAACGAACGAAACCACCGGCACGUCCUCGCCUUCCGUCUUAAAUGCCAUCGAGAAAUUGAUCGAGAAGAGCUUCGAUUCUCGUGUAAGACAUGGCACGGCAGGUUUGCAUCACGCUCAACCAGGCGCACCUAUGGGUACUAGCAUUCUAAAAAGAUUGGGCAUAGACGAGAGCGUUGAUUAUACGAAGCCUUUGGUGGAUCCGCAAACGAUGAAUCUUCUUCGAUCUUAUCAGCAACAACAGCAGCAGCAGCAUUAUAAUGCGAGCGCAGCCGCGAGGAGAGAGCGAAGCGGCAGCGAGUCCAGUUCCAUAUCGGAGAGGGGAAGCGGUAGGACGGACACGAUGACACCGGAAAGACGUAUGGAUCUGACAACUGUUGGCCACGAGAGGCAUUCUACCGGCCAUUCUCAUCAUCAUCGUGUCACUCCGGAUAAACAAGCUACUACGCCAUUACCAGCGCGUCAUCAUCUGGGUACGGAAGAGUCCGGUGACGAGGAGCCUAGCUCGGUGGUUGUCAAAAAGGAACCCAGGGACGAAGAAACGGACGAAAGAGGAACGAACGAGGAGGAACAACAGGCGCAAUCGUCGAGAGAGGUAUUCGUUAAGAAGGAAAUCGUGGACGAUUGUAGAGAGGACGAAGAGCAAGGUUCGUAUAAUCAUCGACGAAGCAGUCUUCACGAGACGGCUGAAGAGGGUAGAGAAGUUCCAUCGCCUCGCAUGAAUCCACCAACACCUAGAUCGACCAGCCAAGUUGAACAAGUGGCUCGUAGUCCUUGCAGAAACAGUACAAGCAGUCCUACUAGUAGUGAUAGAUCUGUCACCCCGAGAGGAACGCCAGACACGAAAGCUUCCAGCAGCCUCGGUGCACUCUCUUCCAUGUUCGAUAGUCUAUCCGGCGGUGGUGGAGGAGGUACUGGUAAUACUGUUGAUUCGCAAGGACGAAAGACGAGCAGUCAUCCGCUCGCGGCUCUGCAAAAACUCUGUGACAAGACCGAAACACGUGGUCCCAGUGGCAGCGGCGCGUCCAGGUCUACUUCUGGCUCCGGUAGUACGAUCGCACCUGGAAGCGGUAGUACGGUAGGCGCCAGUGGACCAGGAACCGGACCCACACCAGGAGCCAUUUUAGCCUUCAGUUGGGCCUGUAACGACGCCGUAGUCACGGCAGACUCUAUCAUGAAGUGCGCCUUCUGCGACACACCGUUCAUCUCCAAAGGGGCCUAUAGGCAUCAUCUUUCGAAGAUGCACUUCGUGAAGGAUGGCGUCAUCCCAGAUCCAUUGACAAUCGGAAGAUCGGCAGCAGCGGCCGCGGCAGCCGCAGCCGCUGCGGCAUCACAAGCGACUUCCGGUGGCCCGAGUCACAGUUCCUCGUCUCCACCUACGUCCCAGCGCAACAAGUCGCCGCCUCUUCCGCAAGCGAACGGCAGCCCAUCCCAGUCCGCGGCCUCUCCGCUCGAGGAGAGCCCACACUCCAAGUUUCUCAAGUAUACGGAGCUGGCCAAACAGUUGUCCAGCAAAUACGUAUAGUCCGAGCUCCGUAAGUAGCGGUGCCACUUGUACAUAAGUGUAUCUAUACUGUAACGACUGUAACUAGCGAUGUGGUUGGAAAUUUCGCCGCGCGGACGUCCUGCGCCAAUGGCAUUUUACUUCGCUUUCAAAUUUAUGUUCAAAGAGCGCCAGAUCGAUGAUAGUUGGAAAGUAAGCGAUUCGAUCGAUACCGUUCGCGAUAAGACGAAUCGAGGGGAAAAAAAAAAAAAAGAAAAAAAAGCUCCUUAAUCUUAAACCCAAUAGACUUUUUACAAUUUCACAUAUUGAUCUUAAUCGUUCGAUGAUAUUAUGAAUUAUAUUAACUUCUUUCGUCGAAGAAUUCAAAACUAGUACUUCUUAAAAAUCCAAGAUCGAUAUCAGCUAUUUAGAUUUAUCAGGCAAAAGGUGAUGAGGAUAGGGAGGAAGGAAGGAAAUAGAAAAAGAAAAAAAAGACAAAAAAAAAAGAAAGAAAAAAAAAGACAAAAAAAAAAAAGAAGAAGAAGAAGAAAAGUAACACGAAGAGAUGAUCGUGCUCGAUCGUGAAUGGCUCUCGUUAUCGAACGCGUUAUCUGUCGCUCGGAAUAUGGUGCUCUUUUAACAUAGAAUUGUUUGUUCACGGAGAAAUAUGUCGAUUUCGACGACAAGAACGGCAGGCUUCGUUCGGACGUCGUUGGAGGAAAGUUUAACAGGCGACGCGGACAUCUAUCCUUUUCUAAUUAUUCGGCGAUCGUUUUGGGCCAUCAUCGAGGACAAAAAUCUUGUCAUUCCUGGGGGGGUUAUUGGCACGAUCGAUAUCAUCGUGCACGGCCCUUCAUCGAGAAAUCUCCGCACGGAAUAAAUAAUGUGAUGGAGUGUUUCGAGUUCCGUUUCGCGAUAGUAGCCCUACAACUUUACAAACGCAUUACUUCUUCCAUUGCAUUCGUUAUUACCUUUCAAAACGCGAGAAAUGUCAGUGGUACGCAUCCUGCAAGACGAUCUACGUGUUUUCUUCCCUUUUUUUCUUUUUUCUUUUACUUUUCUUCCGUUUUUCUUUUUCUUUUUCUUUUUUUUCUUUUUUUCUUUUUUUCUUCAUUCUCUCAAACGCGAUCAAAGUUGCACAAAUGUUUUCAACGUAAAUAAAUUAAAUAGCAUAGUUCGAUUUGAACAUUGAAUUCGAUAGAAAGGAUCAAGGCGAUACCACUAAGACUUUCUCUGGCGUACGCUCAAACGAUUAUUCUUGUCUUUUUAUGUUCUUUUCUUUUUUUUUUUUUUUUUUUUUUUUUUGUUUUCCGUUCCUUUCUUCUUCUUUUUUCUCCUUUUUUUUUUUUUUUUUUUUUUUUUUCUUUCAAAUUUCGCUCAUCUUCCUUCUCAAAGUCUCUUUAGCGCAAACGAAGAAGAAGAAAAAGAAGAAUAGAAUGAGGAGGAGGAGGAGGAGGAGGAGGAGGAGGAAGAGGAAGAAGAAGAGGAGGAGGAGGAGGAAGAAAAAGGAGAGGAAAAAAAAAACAAAAACAAAAAAAUUAAUAAACAAAAGAAACUCGACGUUGUUAUCCAUUACCGUCAAUAAUUCUUUACUUUUCUUUUCAUCUCUUUUUUUGUUUAUUUUUUUGUUCUUUUUCUUUUUUUUUUUUUGUUUUUCUUUAUUUCUUUUUUUUUUUGUUUCCUUUCUUUUUACUUAGGGAAUGUUAGAGAGGGUGUGACGAUGAAGUGGGUGUUGAACGAGCGUUAAUUAAAUUGUGAUGCCACCAUAUCUCGCGGCACUGCUGAGUCACGGGGCUCGGCACGCGGCCAAGUUUGUGAUUUUAUAAAUACUUAAGGACAUUUACGACGAGAGAGACGAGAGGAAGAGAGAGAGAGAGAGAGAGAGAGAGAGAGAGAGAGAUAAAUAGAUAAAUAGAUAGAGAAGAGAAAGAGAGAGAGAGAGAGAGAGAAAGAGACAGGAGAAACAUUACUAGGAUAUCGGAUUUAGAUGCGAGUGAGCGUAUAAGAGAGAAAGAGAUGGAAAAGCUUACCUAUCACCUGUCGUAAGGUCGUCAGCAUGUAUACCUCUAGAAUGUAAGACCGUAGUUCAUUAGCGUUUAGGAUAGGUUUAGGGUUCGCCCCUGUAUAGGAAUUUCUUUGUUGAUACUUACUGUCACGAAAACAAAAAUAAAAAUAAAAAUAAAAAAAAAAAAAAAAUGAAAUGAAAUGAAAUGAAAACCAGUGAGACCGCUCGGGGAUGGAAAAUUAAUAAACGAAAGCCCUCUUCGAAGGUCUGUGACUGCUAAUCGAUCGGGAUGAAAGUUAAUCGAACAAAAGAAAGUUCGUGAGAGAGAGAGAGAGAGAGAGAGAGAGAGAGAGAGAGAGAGAGAGAGAGAGAGAGAAUGAAAGAGGGAAUGAGAGAAAGAGAGAAAGAGAGAAAGAGAAAGAGAUCGUACGAUAGUCGAGUGCAUGCGAAUAAAUGAAUAUAUGU